UUCACUGCGGCUAACUUGACACUUUGAACAAGAUGGCGUCUAGCAGAAAGGAGUGUUAACAGAGUGUCUUUGUUGUGUAGAGAAAGAGGUAAAAUGUGUAAAGUCCAGAUGCUGAGAGCGUUGGUGGAGCAGCGACUAACUGCGGCUGCUGAAGAGAUAUUUGGGCUGUUUGAAAGAACGAUAGCAGAGUACGAGGAGGAACUUUGUCGUUCAAAAGAGGAGAACGAGCGACAACGGGAGCUACUGGACGCUUUCUACAACACUCAGUUUCGGCUACACAGAGCAGAUGUUGAGCAGCUGUCGGUGGUUAAAGAAGACGUUCCCCCUGAGCAGCAGGAGUGUAGCUCCAGUGUGGACCAGCAGGAGCCAGAGCCCCCCCCACACAUUAAAGAGGAACAGGAGGAACUGUGGAGCAGUCAGGAGGGAGAGCAGCUUCAAGGGCUGAAGAUGAUGAAGAGGAAUUGGAAGGAGACCAGAGAACCUCAGUCAGCUUUAAACUCUCUGAAACACGAUUCAACAUGUAAGAAAACAUUCAGCUGCUCUGAGUGUGGGAGAAGAUUUGGCCGCAAGGAAAAUCUGAAGAGUCACAUGAGAACUCAUACAGGAGAGAAACCUUUCAGCUGCCCGUUCUGUAUGAAAUCUUUUACACACAGUGCAAAUUUACGGUCACACAUGAUAAUCCACACAGGGGAGACGCCCUUCAGUUGCUCUGAGUGUGGAAAAAGUUUUUGCUACAAGACACACCUGCAGACACACAUGAUGACUCACACAGGAGAAAAACCUUUCAGCUGCUCGGUCUGUAAGAAAUCUUUCACAGAGAGAGGAAGUUUAAAGGCACACAUGAGAAUCCACACAGGGCAGACGCCAUUUAGCUGCUCUGAGUGUGGAAAAAGAUUUAACCAGAUCUCAAAUCUGAGGAGACACAUGAGAACUCAUACAGGAGAAAAACCUUUCAGCUGCUCUGUCUGUAAGAAAUCUUUUACACAGAGUAACCAUUUAAAAUAUCACAUGAAACAACACACAGGAGAGGAACCGUCUACUUCCUGUGUUAGUGACAUCAGAGAGCAGCAGGAGUGGAGCUCCAGUGGGGACCAGGAGCAGCCAGAGAAUCUCAGCCAGCAGGAGUGUAGCUCCAGUGUGGACCAGCAGGAGCCAGAGAACUAUCAUCCACAUCCACGUUUACAACCAGAGACUGAAGACCAGACUAGAGACUCUUCUGAACCUGAGACUGAUGACAGUGCUGAUUGGAAGACCAGAGAACCUCAGUCAGCUUUAAACUCUCUGAAACAUGAUUCAAUAUGUAGGAAACCAUUCAGCUGCCCUGAGUGUGGGAGAAGAUUUGGCGACAGGAGAAAUCUAAAAAGACACAUGAGAACUCACACAGGAGUAAAACCUUUCAGCUGCUCUGUUUGUAAUACAACUUUUAGUCAGGGUGGAACUUUACAGAGACACAUGGCAGUCCAUACCAGAGAGAAACCUUUCAGUUGCUCAGUGUGUAGGAAAUCCUUUGCACUUAAUGGCUGUUUACGGAAACACAUGAGAAUCCACACAGGAGAAAAACCAUUUAGCUGCUCUGAGUGUGGGAGAAGAUUUAGUCAAAGCUCAAGUCUGAAGACACACAUGAUGACUCAUACAGGAAAGAAACCUUUCAGCUGCUCAGUCUGCAAUAGAUAUUUUAAACUUAGGGCACAUUUAAAUAAACACAUGAGAACUCACACAGGAGAUAAACCAUUCAGCUGCUCUGAAUGUAGGAAAAGAUUAGAUUGCAGGACGAGUUUGAAAAGACAUAUGAGAGUCCACACAGGAGAAAGACCUUUCAGCUGCUCAAUCUGUCAGAAAUCUUUCAAACAGAGGGAACAUUUAAAGAGACACAUGAAACAACACACAGGAGGGGAACCAUCUACUUCCUGUGUUAGUGACAUCAGAAAGCAGCAGCAGGAGUGGAGCUCCAGUGGGGACCAGGAGCAGCCAGAGAAUCUCAGCCAGGUUGGAACUCUCUGAACACUGUAAUCUGUCAACUCAGUAAAUUCAGCAGUUAUCCAGUAUGUAGUCUACAUCCACGACCUUCCACUUCCGGGAUUGCCCUGGAAAUUCCACCGGAUGUCCUUCAUUUCAGCCGGAUGUCCAUCCCCUUCCUCUUUCUUUGUGUUG